CUCAGUUAUUGAACUGCCCAACACAGCAAGCAAUAUGGCUCCGUCCUUAUGUUUCAACUGCCAGAAAUCUAGGGCAGUCAUUAUCCGACCCAAAAACCGUCAUAAGAUUUGUCGCGAGUGCUUCCUGCAGAUUUUCGAGACCGAAGUCCAUGAAACCAUCACUUCCAAUAACCUAUUCUACCCCGGCGAACGAGUGGCCAUCGGCGCGAGCGGCGGAAAAGACAGCACCGUGUUAGCUUCCGUGCUCAAAACGCUUAACGAGCGCUACAACUACGGGCUUGAACUGUGCCUCUUGUCCAUCGACGAGGGAAUAAAGGGCUACCGCGAUGACAGUCUGGAGACCGUGAAGCGCAACUCGGUGCAGUAUGAUAUGCCGUUGGUAAUUGUUGGGUAUGGGGAGCUUUAUGGCUGGACAAUGGACCAGGUGGUGGAACAGAUCGGAAAGAAGGGGAACUGCAAAUACUGCGGUGUAUUCCGACGGCAGGCGCUAGAUCGUGGCGCUGAGCGGCUGGGCAUCAACCAUGUCGUGACGGGACACAAUGCGGACGAUGUGGCUGAGACGGUGAUGAUGAACUUGCUGCGUGGAGAUCUUCCUCGUUUGUCCCGGGGCACGAGUAUUGUUACGGGUUCGUCGGCCUCGGAUAUCAAGCGCAGCAAGCCGUUGAAAUACGCAUACGAAAAGGAGAUUGUGCUGUAUGCGCACCACAAGCAGCUGGACUAUUUCAGUACCGAGUGUAUUUAUUCGCCGGAGGCGUUCCGGGGGAGUGCGCGCACCUUGAUCAAGGAUCUGGAGAAGAUUCGUCCAAGCUCGAUUCUGGAUAUCGUUAGGAGUGGAGAGGAAAUGGCUAUACUUGUGCCCAUUGGAGAUGGCGGACCGAACGCAUCUGCAGACGACGAGACUACAGUGGGGGGCUGUGGAAGCCAGGAUGGAAGAACUCGAGGUGGCGAAAUGGCGGACAUGGAGAAGAAGCUGGAGCAGGACGAGGCUGAGGCUGCUGCUGGUCUAGAGACAGAAAUCAAGAUGCCUCCGCAGCAGACUUCCGCCAUUCCUCUGCCAAAGAGGAAAAAGAAGAAAACUAAUGAAAAGGUCACAGUGAGAAAGCAAGUUCUAGGGAAAUGUCAGCGAUGCGGAUAUAUCUCGAGCCAAAAGAUAUGCCACGCAUGCGCUUUGCUAGAGGGCUUGAACAAGAACAGGCCCAAAACAGCAAUCGAAAUGGAGAUUGACGCAGAGGAAGAAGAGAGCAGCUCUACACUGCGAAGACAGAUGGAGCAAGUCCAGUUGACGGGGUGAGCUGCUCAACACACGUUGAGACUUCCAACUAGAACCCGAAGAUAGAUCGAUAAGCUUCCAAUUUCAACUCGGCUCUAUCCGAAGCCGCACCGAGUCGGCCAGUCCAGUCUCGUCUCAAGGAGAAACAGGCCGGUCUAUCAUACAUCUAUGCUCCACGCAUGAUCACGAGAUACGACACCAGAUACCAAAGCUCACAUGUAGACAAUACAUUCCAUCGUUCUAAUCAUACAUACACAGAAAAAGAAAAAAGAAAAAAAAAAAAAAUAACAAAUCAAAU